AUGAAGCUAUGCUACUUGAUGAAAUCGAGUAAUGUCACGAAUACUAGUUUGGCAAGGCCAAUAAACGAUGGUAAUAAUGGUGAGAUUGCAAAAGAAGUCAUUAGUGUUAAUGAGGUUAAUAUGGUGAUGGAAAGUCUAGGAAUGAGUAAUGGAGUAAUCAAGGAUUCGAAUGAUAUGAAUGUUUUAGGCAAGGGAGAUUUUGAGGGAUUGUUUGAGAAAGAGGAGCCAUGUUUAGAGGAAAUUUCGGAAGUUUUUCAAGUUUUCGAUGAAAAUAAAGAUGGGUUUAUUGAUGCUAUGGAAUUGAGAAGAGUUCUUUGUAGUUUAGGGUAUCUCAAAGAAGGAUCAAAUGUUGAAAGAUGUAAGAAGAUUAUUAGAGGUUUUGAUAGAGAUAAUGAUGGACUUUUGGAUUUUAAUGAUUUCCUUGUGUUUAUGCACACUUAUUUCAGGAACAGCUAUCAGUUUUUGGAGGCCAGGCUAAGUUUUAGAAAUGAGACAAUAUGGUUGCCCAGUAACACCUAA